GACCCUGGGUCCAUGGGGUCCCCGGGGUCCGUGACCGCGGCGCUGCGCGUGGCUGAGGUGCUCGAAGCCAUCGCGAACCGCUGCGUGGGGCCCGAGGGCGGGCUAGUCUUGUGUACGAAGCCCACCGGCGAGGUGCUGCUUAGCCGGGAUGGAGGCCGCCUCCUGGAGGCGCUGCACUUAGAGCAUCCCUUAGCCAGGAUGAUAGUGGCGUGUGUUUCCAGUCACCUUAAAAAAACAGGAGAUGGUGCUAAAACAUUUGUUAUUUUUCUUUGCCAUUUACUCAGAGGACUUGAUGCAAUCAGAGAAAAAGAUCCAUUCACUCCUGAAAAUAUUCAAACCCAUGAAAGGCACUGGAAAAACUGUAGUCAGUGGAAAUCUGUUUCCCAGGCUCUUCUAACGUUUCAGACACAAAUACUAGACGGUAUUGUGGACCAGUAUUUAAGCAGGCACUAUUUGUCUGUCUUUUCUUCAUCUGCUAAAGGAAGAACACUGCGCAGGUGCUCUUUAGAGUCACUCCUAGAAGCAUAUUUUUGUGGACGAGUGGGACGAAACAAUUGCAGAUUCAUUUCACAGUUGACGUGUGACUACGUUCUCGAGAGCAUGGCGUGUGAAAGUGGGAUCGAAGUGUUUGAGUUGAUGGACAGCUGUUUUUUCGAGCUGAAUGUUGGUGUCGCAGGCCUUCCUGUUUCCGCUUCCAGAAUCGUGGACGGCCUUGUGCUUCACCGAGACUUCUCUGUGUAUUGCCCAGCAGAUGGUGACAUUAGGAUGGUGAUGGUCACAGAAGCCCUCCAGCCUCUGUUGUCAUCGUCCAAAUCAGAGUUGAUGCUAAAUUCGGAAGCGCAGUUUCAGGCGUCUCAGUGUUGGAUCGUGGAGAGGACAGAGGCAGUAAUGAAACAUUUGCAAAGUCAGAAUAUAAAACUGCUCCUGUCCAGUGUGAAGCAGCCAGACCUGGUUGUUUACUGCGCAAGACUACAUAGCAUAUCCGUGGUGGAGUGCUUAUCGGCCCAAGAGGUUUCUCUCAUCCAGAGGAUCGCCGGCCUUCCUCCUUGUGUUCCGCCACGGGUCACUUCACAGGGUGAGAUUUUGCAUACGACUUCGGUGAGAUUUUGUAAACCCCUCAUCCUUAGGUCCAAAAGGUAUGUUCAUCUUGGUUUGAUGAGCACACGUGGGUUUAUACCACACAGCAUGAUCCUUUGUGGACCGGUUCCGGGUCUUGUUCAACAACAUGAGAGUGCUUUGCAGGGAGCGUUUAAGAUGCUCCGGCACUUGUUUACCGACCUUGACCUAAAUUACGUUGUACAAACCGAGGACCAGUGCGACUCCCGUCCUCUUGCGUCUAACAGUAGCAGAGAGAGUCAUCACCUACCAGAAAUGGGUAAGUAUCAAGACAUAACCGUAAAGAACAAAAAUAAAUUGGAAAACACUCAAGCGUAUUUAAAAGUAUAUUCAAAUCUGGUGGCUUCCGAUACAGAAUUAGAAAUGCCGGUGCCAUGGUCAUCACAGAAGGAGACACCGACAGAUGUGUCUCCAACAGGUGAUCUACGGAAGUGCUUGUCUGCAGAAAGAAACUGGAUGAUUGAUGGCUGUGAACUGUCGAUUGAGAAUAAUUCCACUGGAAACCCCACAGCAGAAGACACUAGAACAGAAAUUUCUCAUGAAAAUGUACAGGUCAUAAAUAAUCCUGGGAAAGGGUACACGUUGCCGGUGAUAUACAAGUCCCUGGAGGCAUGUACUUCCUGGGGUUAUUGUUCAUCAACUAUACCAGCGGGCUGUGUUCUGCCAGUGGGUGGUAGUUUCGAGAUCUUGUUGCAUUACUAUCUUCUCAACUUUGCCAAGCAGUGUCGGCAAUCAUCUGAAGCCACGGUCUGUACGUUGAUAGCUCGUGCACUUUUAGGCAUCCCUAAAAUCCUUUGCAAGCCUCAGAAGGGAAAGGCCAGCUUUCCACACACGUACAUUCGCUCUCUCCACGCACUGCAAACCGGUCAACCCGUGGUAAGUAGCCAGUCGGGACUGGAGCCAGUAGCUGGGAAGUACCAGUUACUAACUUCAGUUCUGCAGUGUUUGGCGAAAAUACUAACCAUUGAUUUAAUAAUCAAUAUUAAGAGACAACCUCAGAAAACUAGUGAUGAAGAUUCAGAAGAUGAACUUUAACACUCCAAGUUUUUUGAUGCUCAAACUUUGAAUCGGGGGCCAGGGAGAAGGCAAACUUGAGGACCUGUGGUUAUAAUGCCCAGGGCCCACUGGCUGGAAGGAGAGAAGUGUCGAGUCUUAGGAUUGUCCUGUGUCCUAUACACACAUUCACAGAUACAAACAAUAAAUGCCAGGAAAAAAGAUUUAUUUAACUCAGAUUAAAAAUUAAAACAAACUUCUGGCUGACUUCCAAGUCAAUCCAGUUUUUAAGUACAUUGAGUCUCAGACCGUUCUAGGGAACAAAACCUGGCUAAAAAUGUCUCUCUCCUGUUAUAUACCUAUCUCAGGUCUGUGUUAGCCUAUGUCUAAGGGAAUGUGUCUGUAUAUUUCCCUUUGCUAUAUUUUUUCCACUUCAUUUCCUUGAACUUUCUGUAUUUCCCGGUCAUGUCAUCUCCCGGUGUGAAAGAAGUUGUUUCUCACCAUGAUAUAAAAUGUUAUGUUUUAUUUAAAAUAGUUUUUCUGUGGGAAAAAAUGUUGUAAAGCAAAGUCCAAGUUUCUCUGAAAGCAUUUGUGUGUCAUUUAGUUCAUUUCUGGUGAAAACGGUUGGGGGCCGGGGAGAUGGUUCAGUGGGUAACGCAUCUGCCACCUGAGCCUGGCACCCUGAGUUUGAGGGGGAGAACCAACUCCACCAAACUGCCCUCCAAGCCCCACAUGUACUCUGUGGCCCUUUUCAUGCACACGAAGAGUAAAGUUUCCAAAUCUGCA